ACACAUAUAGUAUAGAUUUAUAACCCAUUGAUACUCCAUAUAUCACAGUAUUGUAGUUUCAUUGAAUCUUCAGGAUCUGGUUGAAAGUUGGAAGAUAAUAAGAAUCAAGAGAUCAAAAUAUUGUAAAAUGUUAAAAUUUAAUUUGAUACCAUCUUCUAUUCAACUUUCCCAAAGAUGAAUUCAUGGUUUUUCUUAUAAUCAUCAUCAUUAAAUUAUAAGAAAAUACUUAGGAAAUCCAUUUUAGUAACGACUAGUACUGUAUGCCUGGAAUUGAUGAUAAUAAUGACAUCGGAUUUGAUAUAUCUGAUGAUGACAUCUAUGUACCUAUAGCUCAAAGGAGAGCAACCCUUCUAGGUAACAAGAAGACAUCAGAAAAUGAUGAUAGACCCAAUAGUUCUCUUGAUUUUCUUAAUGAUGAUAGUAAUAAGGCUAGUACAAGCUCCAAAACUCUACUCGAAGAGUCUCAAGUUAUCUUGAGCGAAAAAAAGACACAGGAUAACAUGAAAUCUGAUAUUCAGCGAAGAGCAGAGGAAGACGCGGACAUUGUUGAUGCGCACACUAAACAACAAAGAAAGUUGAUACCUGCAGCUGAGUUGGCUCAUGGAAUUUCAUACUCCCGAAUAAUGGAAACCAGCUGGAAACCACCGGAAUAUAUAAGACAACGUUCUUCUGAAGGAAAUUCGUUGAUUCGGCGUAAACACCACAUACUUGUUGAGGGCUCUGAUAUUCCUCCUCCUUGUGAGACAUUUGCGGAUAUGAAACUACCAGGAGCUAUACUCAGAUAUUUGAAGUUUAAGAAGAUACUUUCACCUACACCAAUUCAAAUUCAAGGCAUUUCAACAGCAUUCUCAGGUAGAGAUAUGAUAGGGAUAGCGUUUACGGGUUCUGGGAAAACUUUAUCUUUUUCAUUACCAACUUUAAUGUUUGCUCUUGAGGAAGAAUCUAAACUAGGAUUUGACAAAGGCGAAGGUCCAAUUGGUAUUAUACUCUGUCCAUCACGAGAACUUGCACGACAGACGCACGACGGUCUAAUUCAAAUGAGUAGAGCUUUGAAUGAUGACGGUUAUCCUUUGGUAAGAAGUCUGCUAUGUAUCGGAGGUAUUAGUAUGCAAGAUCAAAGUGAAACACUUCAAAACGGUUUCCAUAUAGUUGUUGCUACUCCUGGACGUUUAUUGGAUAUGUUGGAAAAAGGCAAAAUUACCCUUUUUAGCUGCAGAUACCUAUGUUUAGAUGAAGCAGAUAGAAUGAUAGAUAUGGGCUUUGAGGAAGAUGUUAGAUCCAUAAUGUCUUUCUUCAAGCAUCAGAGGCAAACGCUUCUUUUUUCAGCCACGAUGCCAAAGAAAAUACAAGAUUUUGCAAGGCAGUCGCUAGUUGAGCCUAUAUUAGUUAACGUAGGUCGUGCUGGUGCAGCUAAUUUGGACGUUCUUCAAGAAGUUGAAUUUAUUGAGCCAGAGGCUAAGAUGGUGUAUCUCCUUGAGUGUUUACAGAAAACGCCACCACCUGUUAUUAUUUUCAGUGAUCUGAAAAAUGAUGUUGAUGAUAUUCAUGAGUACCUACUCUUAAAAGGUAUUGAAGCUGUUGCUAUACAUGGCUCCAAAUCUCAAGAAGAACGUGAAUUUGCAAUAGAAACUUUUAAAAGUGGUAGGAAAGAUGUAAUGGUUGCCUCAGGUGUCGCUUCAAAGGGUUUAGAUUUUAAUGAUAUACAACACGUGAUAAACUUUACAAUGCCUAAAGAAAUAGAAGACUAUGUACAUCAAAUUGGCAGAACAGGUCGCAGUGGGAAGACAGGAGUAGCAACAACGUUUGUUAAUCAUAGUGUUCCAGAGCAAACAUUACUUGACCUUAAGUACCUACUUAAAGAAGCAAAGCAAAGAAUACCAUCAUUUUUACAUGACGUAGUUGAUCCAUUCGACGGUAAACCUAGCGGCUGUCCAAUUUGCGGUGGCCUUGGACAUAGCGCUGUCAAUUGUCCUAAGCUUGAAGAUGCACAAAAGCGGAAACCAAAAGGCGAUGAAAUUGGUAGUAGCUGGUAAGAAGUAUGAAAAUCAAGUUAAAUUUU